UAUUUUCGCACGCCUGACAGGCGCUGCGUGUCGUACUGUGAUGGCUUUUAACACUUUUGUAAAUUCAAUAUUUUUAUGAUAUUUAUGUGUUUAGUAACAAUAGUUCUGUAAUUUAAUUUAAAUCCAUAUUAAUGUGCUUACACAAAAUGGCGAACCAGACGCAGAAAAUCGUCUAUAAGCUUGUACUUACUGGAGGACCCUGUGGCGGCAAAACUACCGGACAGUCUCGUCUGUGUACAUUCUUCGAGAACUUAGGAUGGAAGGUGUUCCGGGUGCCGGAAACGGCUACCGUCCUCCUCAGUGGAGGGAUCAAGUUUGCAGAUCUCACGCCAGAUGAAGCGACAAAAUUCCAAGAGAACCUACUGAAGACCAUGAUUCAGAUCGAGAACACAUUCUUCGAGCUGGGCAGGACGUGUCAGCGGAAUUGUCUUAUUAUCUGCGACAGGGGAGCUAUGGACGCGAGUGCAUUUAUAUCAAAGGAGAAGUGGGAGGCGAUGCUGAACGCUAACAGCUGGAACAGCGUAGAGCUGCGAGACAACCGGUACAACCACAUAGUGCACAUGGUCUCCGCUGCCAACGGCGCUGAGGACUUCUACUCCACUGAGGACCACGCGUGCCGGUCGGAGGGCGUGGAGCUGGCGCGCGAGCUGGACUACAACGCGGCCGCCGCCUGGAUCGGCCACCCCUACUUCGACGUCAUCGACAACUCCACCGACUUCGACAAGAAGAUGAACCGGCUCAUCGCCUGCGUGUGCCAGAAGAUCGGCAUCGAGACCGGCGACCGCCUCAACGUCAACUCCAAGAAGCGCAAGUUCCUCGUCAGGGCGCCGCUGCCGCCCGACUCCGCCUUCCCGGCCUUCCAAGACUUCGACGUCGUGCACAACUACCUGCAGAGCGACGUGCGCAAGGCGCAAGUCCGGCUGCGCAAGCGCGGCCAGAAGGGCCACUGGUCGUACAUCCACACGCUGCGCAAGUUCCACCCCAGCAACGGGCAGUCGGUGGAGGUGCGCACGCAGCUCACGCACCGCGACUACCUGAACAUGCUGCCGCAGCGCGACGACGCGCACUUCACCAUCUUCAAGAAGCGCCGCUGCUUCAUCUUCAACAACCAGUACUACCAGCUCGACAUCUACCGGCAGCCCACUCAUCCGAGGUGCCGCGGGCUCGUGCUGCUGGAGACGUACAGCGCGGCGUACGACCAGGACUCGCUGCUGGCCACGCUGCCCAAGUUCCUGAGCAUCGAGCGCGAGGUCACGGGCGACCCCGCCUUCUCCAUGUACAACCUGUCGCUCAAGGAAGACUGGAAGACCUCCAAAAGGUACUAUGCUGGACAAAAAGACAAGGGCACUGAGUGCCAUGGGCAGGCUAAGUGGUCGAUGAAUGGUCACGCUGACAAGCUCAAUGGGCAUGCGUGUAAGGUCAAUGGGCAUGGUGAAAAGAUGAACGGCCAUGCGAAGGUCAACGGAUGUGGCGAGACUGUGAACGGCCACCACGAGAACGUCAACGGCCAGGCGCUCGCCAACGGCCGCCACGACUCCCUCGAUGGCCACUCCAUGGAUCUCCCGUCACCAAAGAUUCCUAAAAAGGUCGCUGUUAAGAUUUAAAUCGCCUUUAUGUACCUCUAUGUACUAGGUAAUUUUAGGACUAUAAUUUUGACUUUUUCCACUACUCGAUGCUAAAAUGUAAUAAAGCGGAUACUUGAAAUAUUUAAAGAAACAGUAAUAUUGACCCAUGCUGUAUAAAAUGUGUACUUAUUCGUUAUGAAUUUAUAAUUGUAUAAAUUGCCAAAUGAAACUAUUUUUUAUAGAAAGUAUGUAUCAAAUGAAAUACCCAAUGCACUUAAAGUGACUCAGGAUACUUAAGACAUAGCUUAACUGUUUCAUAUUGUUUGUGCCUUUACAACAAGUUGUAUAUUUGAAUAUAUUUCGUGUUUAUAUCAUCUAUGACAUGCAAAGUUUUAGUACUUAAUUAUUGCAAUAAUAUUAUGGGCUUAGUAUUGUUGCUGUACGAUUUAGAUAAUUGUGAAGUAUUUUAGGUUUUAUUUUACCUGAUACAAUAUAGCAUUUGUUUUGUUGUUUUAAGACUUAUCAAAAAGGCAAACUCGAAUAAAAUUAAAUUUUAUAUGAAAUCAACACCACAAUUAAACUUGAUUGUAGAUCGACUAGUAAAUUUAUAUGUCUUGGUGUUGUAAUGUGACUAGAAUGUUUUACUUGAAAUCGUUUUAGGGGUCCAACGUGAACUUCAAUCACAAAAGGUACAAAUCACCCCUAAUAAUUAUAGUGGCCUUUUACCAAUGAAAUUCAUAUGCUAGAUAAUUUAUUUUUAUGACAGACAGAGUUACUAUUGUGUGGCAUAGUAAGUAAUCUACGUAGAAAUUGAUGUUGUCUAAAGAUAUUUUUGUUGUGUCGGAAUCAAAUGAAGAUCAUUUUAUAGUAACUUAAAAAGUAUUGAAGCCGUCAGUAGUGUAAUUUAUAAUUAAGAUGUGAGUAUUACUCCAACGGAUUCUGCUCAGCCCAGAGCUUGGCCACGGUCCAGGCUAUCUAGAUGGCUGUGCUAUGUAAUUUUAUGAUUGAUAAAUAUACCACCAAUGUUGGCUGUAAAAUCUAAAGCCAAGUUAAUGUAUGUUGUAAGCUUUUUGGACGUAAAAAUCUCUAAAUUGCAUGUCUAUCUGCAUUUUAUCUUCUUGAUUAAAGAAAAAUGCGACCUUUUAA